UUACAUUAGCUAGCUAGCUAGUAGUCAGUGUUUUGGUUAAAUGCAUGCAAAAGUGGUCCCUCCAGAGAAAAGCUCAAGUGAUUGUAUCUUCAUAUAUUUCAGACAGUUCGUGUGAGCUCUUCUACAAGAACAUUAGCAGGAAGCACGCAAGUGUGAAGACCAUGGUGGUGAAUCUCUGCCUGCCACAUUUCAAGACCACCAUCCAGUGUGACAAGCUGUGUGCAGAUGGGUAUGACGUCACCAACCUCCUAUCGGCUGACCCAGCAGUCCGGAGGCGGGGUUUUAAGCUGGAGUACUUCCUUCGGCCACCCGUUCAGGUGACACUGCAGUUUGGUUUCCAGGUGGAAGUGUGUCGGGUGGAUGUGGAGCUGUGGCCCUGGGGGAUGGACCGUGGACAGGCCUGCAAGAGGCUGGAGAUCAGCACCAGCUCUGAUCCCCCACUCCCUCACAACCACAGCCUAGAGCAGGGCCAAAGUCAGGUCCAACAAGGCCAAGAGAAGGGCCAGCAAUGGGACCAAGCCAAGGCCCAAUUCAAAGGCCACCAAUGGAGCCUCCAGGCCCAACAAUGGAGCCAACAAGGCCAGGAGAAGAGCCAGCAAUGGGCCCAACGUGGCCAAACUCAGAGUCACAUAGACACCAGCCAGGGGGAUUUCCGUCUAGUGGGACGCUGUGAACUAAGAGAAGAGACCCAUGUCAGUUUCUCCCAUCCCUGUUUCCGCCCGCGCCCUCCCUUCCCCUCCCUGCCACCGCCCCCCCGAGAGGGGUGUAGACAAGAGGAGCUGUGGAGCAGGGGGCCGCUCUCACUAGGCUCUGUGAAGCAGCUCCGUGUGUCAGUGCCGUACGGUGCGGGUGCCUCCGCGAUGGGGCUCAAGGCACUGGCAGUGUGGGGGCUACCUUCUCGCUGCUGUCCUCCAGAGGAGGCGGAGAGGGUGAGAAUAGCACAUGAGAAUGCUACCCUGAGACCAGCGCCACAGCUUAGCCACUUGGCAUCAGCGCAGCCUUCACCUGUCGUUCAACCACAGCCACUGUCACAGACGACAACAGCAACUAGCCUCCUGCAGGUCCCUGAGGAUUUCCUGGACCCCCUGACCCAGGAAGUGAUGCUGCUCCCUAUGCUGCUGCCCAGCGGAGUGUCUGUGGACAGCUCCACUCUGGAAGAGUACCAGAGGAGGGAGGCUACCUGGGGUCGUGUCCCCAACGACCCCUUCACCGGUGUACCCUUCAUCCCUGAGGCACAGGCCCUCCCCAACCCCCACCUGAAGAGCCGCAUCGACCGCUUCCUGCUUCAGACAGGGUUAGAGGUCAGGGAGGGGAUGGUGGGGAGGCAGGUCCAGGGGGAGAGUCCGCACACCUCCAGGCUCAUACCCCCACAGAGGACUGGGGACAGUGGGGACUCUGCUGUCACUACUGCUGCUGCUGCUAUAGAGUCAGCCAACCACCAGGGUGCACUUAGCAGGAACAGUGGGACUCUCACACAGACUACCCAAAAACGUGCAGAAAGUGUAAAUACUGAGAGGAGCCACUCUACACAGCACAGGGGAACCGGAGCUUUUAACAACAGGGUGAAGAAUGGGAAUGGGAAGGACCGGUGUGCUGGUAAAGUUGGUUGUAAAGAAGGGGUAGUGGAUAGAGUGAGUCCCCAGGAUGGAGGGCCAGAUUUGGGGAGUAGGAGGAAGAGAGAGCUGGAGGUUUGGGCCACUCUGAUCCGCUCUAAGGGAAAGGGUGAGCCCCCCGCGGCCAAAGCAGCCUCUGCUAGUGCUGGUCACGCCAAGGAGCUACUUCCUGACUCGAAAAGACUAAGAACAGACACAAACUCCACUAUCUCCACAGCCACCGUUCCCAGCGGUAGCUCCCAUGAGCAUUGCUCGUCUGCCAGUCUAGACCAUGAGCAGCGUUUGUCUGCCAGUCUAGACCAGGCCCUUCUCUCAGCCCUGCAGGGCCGACCCUCCUUUACCUCCUACACCUCCCAAACCCCCCAGGUCCAACACAAACACACAGACACACCCGCUGACACCCCAACAGCUUUUCCUAUUUCUCUCCUUCCCCCCCUUCUCUCUCCCCUUCCCUUUCUCUCUCUCCCAGGUGAGAACAGGUGUGGUUCGUGUUCCUGCUCUCUGUCCGUCUACUCGACCUCUCCGUCAGCAUACCGCCUGCCCUGUGGUCACUUCCUGUGCCGCCCCUGCCUACACAGGAAGUCCCGCCCACUUGUCACCACAGCAAUGCCCAAUCACAUCCUAUGUCCCACCUGCAAUAUCCCUGCCUCUUCCAGUAACAUAACGCGCGUGCAUCACUGAAUGAAAAAAUGUGUGGCAUUAACCACUGAACAACCCUACUCACUGAAAACAUGUGUGUUGUUAACCACCACCGGACUCCCACUCACUGUACAUGCCUGUGCUCUUCACUGCAACUGUGAGGGGUGGACAUUGGACGAAACAGAUUGCAAUGGGACUCUUUAUUAUCCCUUGGGCCUUGAUAAACAAAUCCACCUGUCUUGUGCUGCCCCUCUACCCCACUCCCCAACAGAAGUCAUUAAAACGUUUACAGACUAAACUGCUUAAAU